GGGGACGCUGUCGAAGCGCACAACACAGUCCCCAUGCAGUCCCCUGACGCAGGGAUGGAGAGGGGAAGAGCGCACAGGACACUUCGGGUCGAUCCCACAAACGGAAGCGUAAAGAUCACCGGGAGGCCAGACAUGAGGACUGACCGACAGCGGGGACACGGACACCUCCAGUGGACUGUGAUUUUUCUCGUCGCGCUCACAACACAGCCGCAGGCCGUGUGCGCAGUGGGGAUGUUCGAGCUGCAGAUCCGUCACUACCAGAACCUGCAUGGACUGCUGCAGACCGGGGAGUGCUGUGACCUCCAGGUCAGCGAGGGCCAGCGCUGCUCGCUCAGGGACCAGUGUGACACUUUCUUCCAAGCCUGCCUCAAGGAAUACCAGGCCCGGGUCGUCGCAACCGGAGCCUGCACGUUCGGCUCGGGCAGCACGGGGGUCCUGGGCGGGAACUCGCAGUCGCUCCGCCAUCGAGGGCAUGAUGGAGGAGGAGGAGGAGGAGGAGGGGAAGGAAGUAAUGGACACAUUGUCAUUCCCUUCAAAUACGCUUGGCCAAAGUCCUUCUCUCUGGUGCUGGAGGCUCUGGACUUUGACAACGAGACGUCGGAAUCAGGCCAGCUGAUUGAGCGUGUCCUCCUCUCCUCCAUGCUGAACCCGGGCGAACAGUGGCAGACGUACCGUCACCACGGACGGACUCUGAGCCUCGAGUACCGGCUGCGUUUCCGCUGUGACUCCAACUACUACGGGCCCUUCUGCAACAAGUUCUGCCGGGCCCGGGACGACUUCUUCGGUCACUUUGGCUGCGACCCCAGCGGCUCUAAGGUCUGCAAGGAGGGCUGGACGGGACCGGAGUGCAGAGAAGCGGUGUGCAGACAGGGGUGUCACCAGGCCCACGGCUCCUGUACUGUACCUGGAGAAUGCAAGUGUCACUACGGCUGGCAGGGUCCUCUGUGUGACCAGUGUGUGACGUUCCCCGGCUGCGUCUACGGGAGCUGCACUGAGCCCUGGCAGUGUGUGUGUGACGUCAACUGGGGAGGCCUGCUGUGUGACAAAGAUUUGAACUACUGUGGCACCCACCAGCCCUGCAAGAACGGUGGGACCUGUGCCAACACAGAGCCAAACGAGUACCAGUGCGAGUGCCAAGAAGGUUUCCGAGGGCGCAACUGUGACAUUGUGGAGCACGCCUGCUUGUUGUCCCCCUGUAUGAACGGGGCCACCUGUGUGGAGGACCCAACCGGCUUCAGCUGUUUGUGUCCCGACGGCUGGACCGGACACACCUGCGCAGAUGCGGUGAAGCAGUGUGAUCUGAGCCCCUGUGGCCGCGGGGCGACAUGCCAGGAGUCUCCUGGGGGCUACCGGUGCCUCUGCCCCCCUGGGUGGACUGGCAGGACGUGCCAACUGGAUACCAAUGAGUGUGAGAUGAGUGUAUGUGUCCAUGCCCGCUUUUGCCGCAAUCUGAUUGGUGGAUAUCUGUGCGACUGCCUUCCUGGCUGGGCGGGGCCGAACUGUGACAUCAGGAACAGCAGCUGCCAGGGUUUGUGUCUGAACGGAGGACGCUGUGAGGACCUGGUGUCAGGGUCGAGAUGCUUGUGCCUGCCUGGUUUUUCUGGGAAAUACUGCCAGAUCGGCCCUGGUCCUUGUGACAGCGCCCCCUGUCUGAAUGGAGGACAGUGUGUGGAGAAGGAGGGAAGAGCUGCCACCUGCAACUGUCCCAUGGGAUAUUCAGGAUUGUUCUGUGAGGUAGUGUUGGAUCUGUGUAAUCCCAACCCAUGCCAGCAGGGGGUGCCCUGCCACAGCACAGAGGGCAGGUACAUGUGUGCCUGUCCUGAAGGUUAUUAUGGUAAUGAGUGCAUGAGCCUCAAAGACCCCUGCAUCGGUCCACACUGUCCAGGUGCCAUGUCCGACACGAUGCACGGGGGUGUCAGCUUCUACAUGGUGCUGGUGGGCGUUUUGGCUUUAGUGACCGUCUGUGGCUGCGCCGCCUGCGCCUUCAUCCUCUCCCACCUGCACCGGAAGCGGAAAAAGCAGCAAGGCGGCCCGCAGGAAGAGGGCAUCAACAACCAGAGGGAGUUUGUCAACCUGAUCAGGAACGUGGACCGUCCUGUGCCCCUCCUUCCCCCUGCCGCCCCGCUCUCUCACACCCCUGCUCCUGCCCCCGUCACACGGUGCUACGAGGAGAUCGAACUCACCUUGCCUCCCUCCCCAGCCCCUUCGCACCCCUCCCCAGCACUGAAGCCAGCCCACGCCCCCAAAUUGGACAUCUCAAACCGCGAGAGAGAGAAGCUGAACCGCUUCCACUACACAGACAACCAGGAACUGGAGGUCUGACCUUUGAACUUUGAAUUUUCUGGCUUCUGGAGAGGUUUUUUUUAUUAUUAUUAUUAUUAUUUUUGUGUGUCUGAUUCGCAGGGCUUUGACUCCUGCGCCCGGCACUGGUUUUGUGUCAUUGUUGCAGAAAUGGUGACGGUGACCCUGCUGUGACUUCUGCAGGCAGUGACCCUGUGAUCUUUAUGAGCAAAGGCUGCUAAGUGGCAGGGUCAAACAUCUCACUGUGUUGUUGUCUUUGAGCCUAUUUUGAGGAGUGAAGUCAGCGACUGUGAGAAGCACCAGGCACUUCAUCCUUGACUGUGAGGCUCAUCCUGACCUCACGAUUGAUCUGGUGACUCAGAAACUUGCCUUGCCGUCUACAGCUGUGUGUUUCAGAUGCUCUGAGGGGAAUAUAUUGUGUUCGUAAGAGGAUUAUUGAAUCCCAGAGGAUCGUCUUUAAUAGGAGCCUCCAAACCUGUUCCCAGGAGUCCACGACGCCCUGUGACGGCUGUUUAGACAUUUCAGCUGCACGCUGGGCUCCUACAGACAGAGAAAUCAAUGGAUGGAUGUUUAUUUAACACUUGUCUCUUCCUUUGUGUCUGUGUGUGUGUGUGUGUGUGGGAGAGAGAGGGAGAGAGAAAGAGAAAGAGUGAAGGGGCAUAAAUGCAGUUUUUAAUGAAUCACUGAAUUCAAUUAAAAAUGUCCUGUGAAAAAAAAGAACAAUGAGACUGAGUUGCUAUAUUUGUCAAAAGAGAGAGCAUACUUGUGAUCAAACGACAUUUAAACUUUGUGAAAACUGAUUUUAAAACCAUACACUGUUGCCUGUACCGUCUCUGUAAUACUACAGUUGUCAAAGAUGUAUGAUUUUUUUCAUACUGGUGUGUAAAAUAGUGUUUUCUUUCUUUUUUUUGUAUAUAAAUAUAUUGUACAUAUUGAUGCCCUUUUUGUACUGUGGUUUGGUCUGAGAAUGUCACUGUUUUACUUCGCUCUGUUUGUCCCAUCUCGCUCUCCGUUGGGAACAGCCAGCACAUGUGGAUUGUAA